GCGCCGGAACCACUGAGCUAAACCCCCAGCCCUUUGAAUCCUUAUUCUAACUGUAUAGCCUUACUGAAAUAUGAUUUUGGGGACAAAAAAGCGCUGUGAAUAAAUUAGCCCAACAGUAAUGAGUCGCUUAUAUAAAUCACACUGUAAGCCAGCAGUAGAGCUUAAACAGUGAACUCAGGUCUGUUUCCCAGGAUAUUACUGUCUGCACUGUACCCUGCUAUGUCUCCUAGUAAAAGGCCUCUGAGGUAAAGCUGAAUAAAGUUUAAGCUAUGAAGAAGGACCUCCCUCCCAGUCUGGACCAGAUCUCCAGAGACAGAUGUUUGCAGCCUCUCAUCAGCUUCCUGCAUAUGCACCCACACCUCAGCCAGCUGGGCUUUCAGGAAUAUUUGAGACGAAUGUGAACAGUGCCAGCACCAACACUAAAGAAUCUUCUGUGAUGAAUUUUCUCUCCACUAUUGAGUCGCGAACUGCUCAGGCUGCUUCUUCAGGAACUACUCUUCUACCACAGUUCAGGGCUCCAUCCUGGCAGACAGGCAUGCAUUCCUCAGCAGCAACUGAGUUUGUUACUGGACCUUUGCCAACCACUGGAACUCUUCCACCAUCUGCCCUCUCUGCUUAUCAGCAUCCUGCCACCUUUAGCAAUAGAAACUUUGUUUCCACCUCACCUUUGGUGCUUCAAGACUCAACUUUUAACACUACGUCAAAUGGAAUUUUAAAUCCUCAUGACCCUUUGGUACAAAUUAAGACUUCCCAGGGAACUCUUCCAACUGCUUUGGCAUUUGAGCGCCUAGGCAGUUCUGCAUUAAGUAACAAUGUACCACCUCAGUCUUCAACAUAUCGCUCAGCUCAAGAGUCUGCACCCCAUCUUUUACAACCUCAGUUUAGUUUGUUGCCUUCAGCACUGGGGGGAGCCCAGCAAACUCCUCAAGCUUACAGUUCAACUCUCUUCUCUAGUUCUGCUCCCAUUGAAAGAGCUCUUCUUCGAGAAUGUAGUGUUAUUAAACACCAUCAGCGGCCUUCAGGUACCCAGUCUAUUCAGGCACAACUGACUGGUGCACAGCAUUCCUUACAUAGUUAUCUAGCAAAUACAGAUGUGGUUAAUUUUCAGGAAACAACCAGGCAGUCAUCUUUACCUUGUAGCCCAAUCGGAGAUUCUACUCAGGUGAGCAAUGGAGGUUUGCAGCAAAAGACCCCACAGGUCUCUGUGGAACUUGCUCAGUCUUAUUCAUCUGCAAUUCCAUCAUCAGGGUAUCCUCCUGCUACUACAAAAGUAAACAGCUGUUCUACAAAACAAGCACUAACAUCAACUAAGACCCCACAGCCUCAAAAUAUAAUUCCUCCUGUGCAAACACUAAGCUAUUCUAAACCUUUACAUAACCAGAGUUCUGUAAUAUCAGGUCAAGCACAAAUCUAUUCUACAGCACAGCUGCCCAGCCUUUUAUCAGUUAGUCAGUCCCAAAAUUAUGGUUUAAUACAGCCACAUAAUGUGCCAUCUAUUGUUCAUUCACAAGUUUAUAGGCCCAGCAAGGUGGAGAAAUUGCCAUCCUUGUAUAAAACAUUGACUUUUUCUGGGUCAUCUCAGACUAUAACUUCUGAAAAUCAGCCACUUAGUUACUCAUCCAGUCAGCAAGAAGUAUUAUCUUCAGUUACAAAUGAGAAUUACCCUGCUCAAACAAGAGAUCUUUCUUCAGUCAGUGAGUCUCAAAGUUACUCAUCUGGUCACUCUCAGGGUUUAUCACCAGUCAGCCAGACACAGGUUAGUUUUUCAUCUCAGUCACAAGUUUUGUCAGUUGUUAGUCCUUCAGAUAACUAUGCUUCAGGGCAGUCCCUGACAUUAACAGCCCCUUCUCUUUCUUAUUCUUCUGCCUCUCAGCCCCAAAGUUUGUCAGAUUCUAACCCAACCCAAAAUUACAUUUCUAUGCAUUCUUCCCAGAAUGCCCAGACUCAAGGGUCAUCAUCUCCCCAGCCCCAGAAGUUUUUGCCUGCUGUUCAGUCAUCAUCUUUUGCAUCCUCUACACAUUGUCAUGCAUUACAGAAUAACAUACCUUCCCCUGAUUCAAAGUCUUAUGCUGAAGGAAAACUUGGCUCAAAUGUGUACACAUCUUCAAAGCAAGAAGGUGAUUUUCCAAUGCAAGAGUUACAGGCAUUGCAGUCACAGGCGUCUCUCGGGUCGACAACCCAAAGGCUAUCAGAUGGGGAAAUUAAUGCUCCAGAAUCAACUUACAAGGGGUCAAAGGCAGAUGACAGAUACUCCCAGAGUGUAAUCAGAAGUAAUUCCCAUCUUGAAGAUCAAGUUGUUGGGAUUCCUAUACAAGGGCCAAAGAAAGAAGAAAACAUAGUUGGUUCAGUGACACAACUUAGCCAACAAAUUGGUCAAGCUAAUAACGGAGCAUCACUUGAUCGUAAGAAGGCAACUAAUUUAAUACAAACUCCACAAAUAAGUUUGAAUACUAAAGACUUAAACCAGCAGCAUCCUCUUAUACAUAAGGUACAUGAAGCCAAGGUCCAGGAACAGCAUGAUCAAAUAAUUAAUGCCUCAUCUCAGAUUCAGAUUCCAGAUCAUGCAUUAGGGCAUGGACAUCAGGCAUCUCUUACUAAUGCACAGGUCCUUUUAGAUUCUACCUGUGAUUUACAGAUUCUUCAGCAGUCAAUACUGCAGGCAAGUUUAGGACAAGUAAAGACAUCUUUACAAGCACAGCGUGUCCAGAGUCCUCAACAAAUAGUGCAUCCUUUCCUUCACAUGGAUGGUCAUAUUAUUCAGAGCAAUGGUGAUCAUUCUCAGCAGCAACUCCAUCCUCAAAAUUCUGAAAUUAUGAAAAUGGACCUCUCUGAAUCUUCAAAACCAUUACAACAACAUUUGACAACAAAGGGCAAUUUCAGUGAAACAGAUCAACAAGAUUCAAAGAAUCAGUUUGUUUCUCUUGGAUCAAUGUGUUUCCCAGAGGCAAUGCUUCUCAGUGAUGAGAGAAAUAUUUUGUCAAAUGUAGAUGACAUCUUAGCAGCUACAGCAGCAGCUUGUGGGGUCACACCUUCUGAGUUUUCCAAGUCAGCUCCAAAUGAAACCAUGCAAACUGUUGAAGGUCAUGAUUCUAAAUCUCAUUUUCCACAGCCAUUAGAUAUCAGGCAUGUGGUAUCAAAUUUUAACUCCGUAACAGCUACAGUAGGAAAGCCACAGAAUCUAAAUGAUAUUUCCCUAGAUGGAAAUCAGGUUACUGUAAACAUUUCACCAGUACCGACCCUUCAGUCAAAAAUGACCCUUGAUCAACAACACAUGGAUACACCUGGUCAAAGUAUACCAACUAAAGUAUCUUCAGCAGGAGUUGGACCAAGUCAUGAAGUCCAGGAGCAAAGUUGUGGCCCAUUCAGGAAACAGUCUGCUACCAAUCAUGAAUCUGAGGAAGACAGUGAAGUUCCUGUUGAUCAUACAUUAAAUAAUAACAGAAACCAAGAGUUUGUUUCCAGUAGUAGAAGCAUGAGUGGAGAGAGUGCUACAUCAGAGAGUGAAUUUACUUUAGGGGGUGAUGACAGCAGUGUGUCAAUGGACCCUACUAGAAGUGUACUUGCACUGUUGGCUGUGGCCCAGCCUGGGGAUACAAUCAGUGUCAAGCUUGAAGAAAACCAAGAUUUAAUACAUCUUAACCUUCCAAAGAAAAAGGUUAAAGGGAAAGGGCAAAUUAAAGAGGAAGACAUCAGUAAUCAGAAACAACUGAAAAGACCUGCCCAAGGCAAACGCCAGAAUCCCAGGGGAACAGAUAUGUAUCUACCAUAUACCCCUCCUUCCUCUGAAAGCUCCCAUGAUGAUGAUCAGCAUCAAGAAAAAAUGAGACAGAAAAUCAAAGAAGUAGAGGAAAAACAGCCAGAAGUCAAAACAGGAUUUAUUGCUUCUUUCUUGGAUUUUCUGAAAUCUGGCCCCAAACAGCAGUUUUCCACUCUUGCCAUCCGAAUGCCUAACAGGACCAGACGACCAGGGACCCAGAUUGUGCGUACAUUUUGCCCCCCUCCAUUUCCAAAAAAUUCAUCUACAACACCCAUACCUUUAGUGACGGAAACUGGGGGUAACAGUUCAUUAGAAAAAGUUGAUAAACUUAAAAGCUUGGAACAUUUAUCUUCAUUUUCUUCUGACGAAGAUGAUCCUGGAGUAUGCAGUCAGGAUAUUUAUAAAACCAUCUCUGCUUCCUUAACUGUGUUGGAUGCUACUUCUAAUAAAAAGAAGAAAACAGUUUCAGAAGCCCUACAGGUGGCAACUCCUAGCCCAUCUGCCAAUACCACUGGUACUGCUACGACUUCUUCCACCACUGUGUGUGCAACUAAGAAAGAACCUCUCCACUCUACUUCCUCUGCAGUAAACAGCCUGGAAAAUAUAAAUGCCACAGAACCCCCAAAACCCAUCGAACUUGAUAGUCUUCCUUCAGACCAAUUGGCAAAAGGACAGGACACUGUUGCCAUAGAAGGUUUUACAGAUGAGGAAAACACAGAGAGCGGAGGAGAAGGCCAAUACAGAGAGCGUGACGAAUUUGUGAUAAAGAUAGAAGACAUAGAGACUUUUAAGGAGGCCUUAAAAACAGGAAUAGAACCGCCAGCUAUUUGGAAAGUACAGAAAGCUUUAUUACAGAAAUUUAUUCCUGAAAUUCGAGAUGGACAAAGAGAAUUUGCAGCUACAAAUAGUUACCUAGGAUAUUUUGGAGAUGCCAAGAAUAAGUACAAAAGGAUAUAUGCGAAGUUCAUUGAAAAUGCAAACAAAAAAGAAUAUGUCAGAGUAUGUUCCAAAAAGCCAAGAAAUAAGCCUUCACACACUAUCAGAACUGUUCAGGCCAAGCUAAGUACUAGCAGUAAAACUUCAGAUCCUCCAUCAUCAAAAACUACAACUACAAAAGCCCCUGCCAUGAAAUCCAAAGUUAAACAGCUAAAAAUAAAGGCUGAGCCACCACCAAAGAAACGGAAGAAAUGGAAAGAAGAAUUUUCAUCGUCCCAAUCUGACUCAUCUCCUGAGAUCCAUUCUAGUAGUACGGAGGAUGAAGAAUUUGACCCUCCAGCUCCUUUUGUCACUCGGUUUUUGAACACAAGAGCAAUGAAGGAAACUUUUAAGAGUUACAUGGAACUGCUUGUUAGUAUUGCCCUGGACCCUGACACAAUGCAAGCCUUAGAGAAGAGCAAUGAUGAGCUACUUUUACCUCAUAUGAAAAAAAUAGAUGGAAUGCUAAAUGAUAAUCGAAAAAGACUUCUUUUGAAUCUUCAUUUGGAUCAGCCAUUCAAGAAUGCUUUGGAAAGUUUUCCUGAACUAACAAUAAUUACUCGAGACUCUAAAGCAAAAAGUGGAGGAUCUGCUAUUUCUAAAAUCAAAAUGAAUGGCAAAGCUUAUAAUAAGAAAACUCUGAGGACUUCUAAAACAACUACUAAAUCUGCACAAGAGUUUGCUGUUGAUCCAGAGAAAAUACAGCUGUAUUCUUUGUACCAUUCACUCCAUCAUUAUAAAUAUCAUGUUUACCUGAUAUGUAAAGAUGAGAUUUCUUCUGUGCAGAAAAAAAAUGAAGACUUAGGACAAGAGGAAAUUGUUCAACUUUGUAUGAAAAAUGUAAAAUGGGUGGAAGACCUAUUCGAAAAAUUUGGAGAACUUCUAAAUCAUGUACAGCAGAAAUGUUCCUAACAUUUUCCCACAAAUCCCAUCUUUUUAUAGCACUAAUGAGAUUGCAAGGGGUGGUCACAGAUAAUCCAGUGUCAAGCAGUGGUCUCCUGCAGAUAGGCUUUUCCAUUGUGGAACUUUUACCAGGACCUUUGCAUAAGGAUAGAGGUGCUGCCAAGGAAGUCAGUCCUUAGAAAUGGACCUUCAUCCCAUGACAUUUUUAUCCUAAUGAAUGAUUUUUCUAUUUUGUAAACCAUUGGGUAACUGAGUUUUAUUUUCAGAAAUGUUUUUUGGCAAAUGAUGACGGAUGCACUAAAUAUAAUUUUUCUUUAUUGCUAGAGAAAUAACACCUAAAUAACUUGAUUGUCAGACCCUGGCUAAAUACCAGAAUGAAAGAGAGGUGGCAGAAAGCAUACGUUUGUAUUCCAGUCUAGCCACAAAACAGAAACUAUUGUACAUUAUGUAAACAGAUCUGGUGUGCUGUGACAUCUUGUAUGAGAAUAUCAUCAACUUUAAAUAUAAAAUUCAGAAACUGCAUUCUGCUUUAUGGACUCCUUUGGACAUGUUCAGGAAACUGGAUGUGGAAUUGGUGCAAUUCUGUGCUUUUUGUGUCAAAUUAUAUUGUGAUAAAAGAAAUGGUGACAUACUAUUUUCCCUAUCUCAAAGAAAAGUAUUUUCAUUUAUUCUGUUUUUUCUUUGGAAAUUUUUCAAUUGUACAUUUUAUUUUACUAAUAGUUGUAUUUUUCACAAGGAGAAUGUUGUGGUUAUAAUUAUGUUCUCUGUAUCUGUACUACACUUUAUUGUUUUCAGUAAAACCUAUUUAGUUAUAUGUCAGACUUCUAAUGUGAAUUCUAUCUUGAGGUAACCAUUAUCUUUUCGUUCAUACAAAUUUGCUCCAGUGUUAAUCCAGAAUGUACAUUCAGUGCUAGAAUUAGUUUAGCUUUAUAAAUGGGCCUGUGUUAGACACUGCAGCAAUUUCUUAAUUCAUAAAUUUACUGAACUAGCACUUCAUUAAUGUAUUCGUUGAAGCAAAACUCUAAGUACAUGAUACAUUUCUGAAGAAUAAAGUUAAUAAUCAGACGAUAUGCAGUGUUACACACAGCUUCCCUAACUCGUAGAACUGGAAGUGGUAGAGUUCUCCUUUUGGUGCCUUUUCAACCUUUAUACAUAGUAUUGUAGCUUUCUUAAGUUUGAUAGUGCAGUUCAAAUAGUUUAGCAAAGACAGUGAAUGUAUUAGGUUCGACAUGACCUCAUGUUUUAUUUGUGUUUGCCAACAGGAUGCCUUAUUUGUUUGUGAAAAAGAUUUACUAAUUCAUUCUAAACUAUCCCGUUUUUUAGAUUCUAAAGAAGUUAAUCAUCAUACUUUUGUUUAUUUUACCACCAUUUAGUGCCUUAAAUCCUAUCAAGAAAGCAGUGUUACUGCUCAAUGCCCAAAUAAGAUAUGCUUAUUUACGUGGAUAUUUCUAUUGUCUUCGUUUUGAGUUAACCAGCCAAGUUCUUAUACUUAAAACUUCACCAAGCUGGCAAAGAAUUAAAGGUAACGUGUUACUUGAUUGAGAAUAAAACGUAGCAUUGGGUAAAACUGAGGAUUUGAGUUAAGCUCACAUAUUUAUUUCUAAUGGUCAUCUUAUUAAAAGCAAUAAUCCUUAAUACUGUACUUGCCAUUAGACAAGGUACUCAAUAAUGGAAGUUUUACUAAAGGGUUAAAUGUUCCAUUUCUAAAAGUUUUUUAAAACUUAUUUUGAAAACAAAAGUAACCUAUUAGAUUUAUUUCUGCCUAACUCAUGAGAGAUGCAGAGAAUAUCAGCAGUAGGAGAAUCAUACUCGCAAGUAGAGAAGAGUAGGAAGCAGCCAUAUAUUAUUUGAUAAUAUUGACUCUGGACAGAAUUGGUUUCUUUCAUUUCCAAAGUACAGAGUAGGGAACUACAUCUCCUAAGUAAUGUUGCGAGCAUACAUUUUUACAUUAUCCCCCUAGCUUACUUUCCUGAAUCAUUGAUCAUUUAAAUAUUUGUGAAAGCCAUCUUGCAUGUAGGUAACAUCUUAAUAUAGAUCUGUGAAAUUAUAGCCACAUUUUCUUCAAGAAUAAUCCUGAUGGAAAACAUCUUGUAUCUUCAAUCUCAUUUCCCAAAGGAAAUAAUCUGUUUCCUUCUGAACUACAAUUGCUCUCAAGCUGUUUACAGUUGUGUUCAUGUUAGUAACACAAAUGUUUUUAUAAUAUGGGAGGUCAAGUCCUUCAAUGCACCUGCAAGAUACCCUGUUGUUUAGAUGUAUCAUCAUCUCUCAUGUGUUCCAUAGAGCACAGGAAAACCAGCAACCUCGGGCCUUAGAAAAAAGUGGGGCUGUAUUAUGACAACCAUACAUGAAUCUUCUCUUUGUAUGAAGUUAAAUAAAUACCUAGCUGGUUAGCAUUUCCAUUUAUUGCCAGGGGGGCUGAAAUGUAUAAUGUAGAAGUAACUUUAGGUUGUAGAUAGAGUUAAAGAGGUAAAGCACAUGUUGCCACAACCCAGGAAAAUAUUUUAAAGAUUGGGUUUUCUUAACCUAUAGAGAUCUGGAAAUAAUUUAAUGUAAAAAGUAAUUUUGUGUUGGUGCUUAUUAUUAGUUCAAAUGAGUGGUUGGAGAAUGGGGGCUCCUUGUCAUUUUCAUGAUAACCCAAUUUCCACUUAUUUGAUCCUCUAAUGAAAUCAUAAAUAUAUGAUGAUUUAUGAAUUAUCACAGUAAGUUAAACUAGAAACUGCCCAUUUUCUGUUAUAUUAUCAAAUAGGAAACAUUGAUAACAUGGGAAAAAAUCAUAUUUUAAAAUGGUUUAGAAAAUUUUAGAUUACUUAUAAUCUAAAUUUCUUUAAAUUUCAAAAAAAAAUAGAUGAACUCAUGCAUUAGUACUAUUUUUCAAAGCUUCACAUUUUUAAACUGUAAUUUUCUUCUAAAUAUACAUACUGUAUCUAUUUUCUUUAAAGCAGCCAUAUUCUGGCCUAUGGCUCUGAAGAUAUACCUGUAAAACCUAUACAGCAGCAGGGUUAUUGGAGCAUCUUCCCCAAAAGUUGCUUCAGAUGUGUAAGCUGCUAUUUUAUUGUAUUUGUAGAAUACAAUUUUUGUUUUAAACUGUAUUUCCAUCUGUUUCACAAAAAUGCUUUUCAAAUAGAGUGAAAUAUCCCAGAAUAACUGCAUCUGUGUCGGUUACCCUUGACACACAACUGCACAAAUGAACAUGUACACUAUUGGUUGGUUGUGCAUUAACUUGCAUGCAUAACUUUUGGCAUCUGUGUUCACAAAUGCAUGUAUUUACAAAUCACCUUUAUUUAUAAGUGACAGUAAUUGAAAUUAAGGAUACAAAGAAACCUGCAUUUGUAGUCCAGAGUUUUCAAUCGGUCCAUAAUACAAUGUAUGGAAAUGUGAAAGACAAUUUUGUAUAUUUGUUUGUUACUAACUCAGAUCAUUAAAAUGAAAACAGUUUUUUAAACAACAAAAUCAGAAUGUUUGGGGUUUUAUUUAAGAAUUAAAAGCUGAAGUGUUGUGUAGCCAAAUGCAUCAUGUUUAGAUUCUUCACAGAGCACAUACCAUGGUAGAUUGUUAUUAUUAAAAUGGUAUAGGCCUUCGUUUUAUUUUUUCAGAUAAUAUUUUAAGUCAGUAUUUGGUGAACUUUACAGCCUUUGCUGAUAAUGUCAGAACAUAUUUUAUAGAGUCUGU